UCUAAAAAGUUCCAAACAUACAUAUCUCUCUCUAUAUAUAGCUAAUCUCUCUAGUUCUAAGCAUUUAUUACUCUGUUUCAUUCUCACUUUGACUCAUCAUCAUAAAUCAUAAUCACUCUUUCACACCCAACCAACUAACCAACCCCUUUCUCCUUUCUUUCUUCUUCUUCUUAUUAUUAUUAAGAGAAGAAUUGAAGAAGAAGAAAGGGAGUAAUUGAAAAUGGGGUUGGGAAAGAAAUGGUUUUUAUGGUCACAAGUGGUGAUUGGAAUGUUAUUGGUUCAAGCAUUCGCAACUGGUAUGCAAAUUCUAUCGAGAAUCAUUCUUGUUGAAGGAACUUUUGUGUUUGCUUUGAUGACAUAUCGUCAUUUGGUUGCUGCUCUUUGUGUUGCUCCUUUGGCCUUCUAUUUCGAAAGAGUUAGUGAAGUAAACAAGUGUAAUAAGAAUGUUUGGUUUUGGCUAUUCUGCAAUGCCUUAGCAGGGAUAACAGGUGCUAUGGGAUUGUUUUAUUAUGGGCUGAGAAAUACAACAGCUACUUAUGCAACAAAUUUCCUCAAUUUAGUUCCUAUUGUCACAUUUGUUUUAUCAAUUUUACUCAAAUUAGAGAGGUUGAAUCUACAUACAAAAGAAGGUAAAGUGAAAUGUAUUGGGGCAUUAAUGUGUGUAAGUGGAGCUCUUAUAACUAGUCUUUACAAAGGAAAAUCAUACUACAUUAUAAGUCAUCACCAUACUACAAAUCACUCUCAUACCAUUCCUCACACAACUCAUACCAAUUGGCCACUUGGCACUCUCAUGUUGGUUGGCAGCUGUUUCUCUUGCUCUGCAUGGUUCCUUAUACAAGUUAAGUUGAAGAGAAUAUUUCCAUAUAGAUAUUGGGCAAUUCUUUUGACAUGCCUUAUAGGAGCUGUGCAAUCAGCUAUAAUUGGUUUAUGUAUAGAUACAAGUGUAGGUUCAUGGACAUUAGGCUGGAAUCUACAACUCAUUACUAUAAUUUACUCAGGAUCACUUGCAACAGCUGCUACGUUCUGCUUAGUGACAUGGGCAAUUUCACUUAAAGGGGCCACUUAUCCGUCCAUGUUCAACCCACUCACUCUAAUUUUCGUAUCUUUAUCUGAAGCUAUCAUACUUGGUGUAUCCAUAACAACUGGAACUUUGAUUGGGAUGAUGUUGAUCAUAUUUGGAUUGUAUUCCUUUUUGUUGGGAAAUAAAAAGGAGAACAAAAGCUUAGUUCAUGAUGAGAACAACUUAGAAGGAGAAGGAGCAACAAAGAUGUUAAUAAAGAAUAAUAAUAAUAAUAAUAAUGUUACUAUUAAUCAUCACAUCAUUCCAACUGGGUUGGAGCUCACUACCAUUAAUGUUGUGCCAACUACUUCACCAAAACAAAUAAUACAACAAAAAUAAUAUUGAAAAAACAAAUUAUGUUAGAUAAAAUGUGAUCUUAAUCACUUACUAGCUAUAGCUAAUUGGAGUUUUAAAUUUUGCUUUUUGGCUACUUCAUAUAUCUAGAAAAAUGUAAUUUAAUUAUCGAGUUUUUCAGUAACAUAAAAAAGUACUAAACAUUACUCGUACAUUAUUACUUAUAUAGUGUUGGAUAUUUUAAAAUGUAUCUAUAAUAACAAUACUUAUUCAUUGAUGAGAAAAUGUUUCAAAUCAAGAAAAGCAUUAAUGAUAAUAGUAUGAAUAUCAGGUGAGUUGAGAGCAAUAUAACAAUAAAUCAACUCCUCCAAAUCAUUCCAAUCAAAUUCACUACCAAAUUCUUCAUUUUUCUUCAUCAUCAUCAUCAUUUUUUCAAGUAUUGAUUCUCUUAUAUCUAAAGAUGUAUUUGUACUUAAUUUGACCACACAUGUACUCUCUGAAAAAACACCGCUCACAUCAUCAGGCAAUCUUGCUGAGAAACUUUCUUUCUUAUUAUUCUGUGUCCUCCUUUUCGUCAUUGAUCUCGUUCGCAGUGUCAUUGACAUUUCCCGUGCCUUCUCAUCAUCUUCUUCUUCUUCUUCUUCUUUUUCUUGGGUUGCAUCCAUAUGAUCAUGAAUUGCUGU